AUGGUCGGAGUAGCUGAAGCAGCACAGAGUAAUGGUCUUGCACAUCAGAAUAAUCUUGAUGAAGAAAACUUAGGUGGUGAUUCUAAUGAACUGAAAAAACCAGACAAUCUAAAUCUAAAUGAUAAGCUUGAAACUUCAGUAAAUGGUGAUCUGCAAGAAAAUGAGGGCACUGAUCAUUUGGAUGACACAGUUAGUCCCAUACAAGAGGAUGACGUAUCCAACCUGAUAGAUCUUGUAAAAAGUCGUAUCUGUUUGACAAAUUUUGAUCCUGAGUCACAUUGGCUUGAUAUACACGAUGAUAUAGUUGUAAAAGAAUUUGCUAGCGGUGAAUACAACUUACUCAUAUGUUAUAUGUCAAACAAGAAUGAGUUAAAAUUAGAAUUUGAAAUGCCAAGAUUUCUGUGCAAUGAAAUCAACUAUUUUAUUUUCACGCCAUGUGUGAAUGCGGAAAAAGUAACUGCUGACAAUUUCGAUUUACGUGUACAGUAUGGUAGUGUUUCGGGUCCAGCUAUUCAGAGCCUACUAGGUAUCAUGUCAUCGGUCUUUGCACCAAGUCUAUUGGCUAAUACAUCAUGGCCAGAUAGUAUACGUAAUGAUUUCGCUCUAGAGUUACAGCGUUUUAUGUCAUCAUUAACUGAUGCAAGAUGGAAAUUAGAAAAUAAAACUGUUUUAUAUAUGCCAACAGAAAGUUUGAAUCUAAUGCCAGAAAUAGCUGCUAAAGAUAAAGAUUUAGUGAAUCGAUUUGAAAUGAUUGUUAUACAUUGGAUAAGACAAAUUAAAACUGUAUUGAAUUCACAAGAUAUCAAUGACGAAUCAGAUGAGAUUGGUCCGUUGGAUGAAAUAGAAUUUUGGCGUAUUCGUUGUGAAGAUUUAACAGGAAUCAGUUUACAACUAGAUAAUACUACUGUUAAACAUAUUAAGGAGAUAUUAUUAACUACAAAAUCAACCUACAUCAUGAAUUUUUUAAAAUUAGCUAAUGAAGUCAAAUCAAAUGCACAACAAGCACAGAAUAAUUUAAAAUUUCUAGAUACCAUUAAAGAAACCUGUUAUCAGUUAAAUGAAUCGAAACCAAAUGAAAUACCGAAUAAAUUACCACGUCUUAUCAAUAUGAUACGUAUGAUAUGGACUAAUUCAGAAUAUUAUAACAAUAAAGAACAAAUAACCGGUUUAUUUAGAAAAUUAUCAAAUGAAAUUAUCAACAGAUGCUGUUCUGUUAUUUCAUUAGAUGAUAUUUUUAAUGGAAAAGUUAUAACUAGUUCAUUAAAUUUGCAUCAAUGUAUUAGUUGUUGUGAACAGUACAAAGAAAUCUAUGAUCGAUUACAAAUUAUGCAUGCACGUAAUUCAACAAAACCAUGGGAUGCUCAGAAAAAUAGUAUAUUUGCACAAGUUGAUGCGUUUAUACAACGAUGUCGUGAUCUAUUGGAUGUAUGUCAAUGUUUGAAAGAUUUCGGCAGGUAUGAGGAUGGCAAUAAAACAACAAUGCCAAUUUUUCAAGGAGUUCGUGGUCCAGAAGUUGAAGACCUCUUGUUAACAAUUGAACAAAUGUUUGAAAAACUGAUGUUUAACCUAUUUGAAAAACGUCAGUGUAUAUUGGAUGUGAAGGCCACAUCAUGGCAUGAUAAUUAUAAUCGUUUCAGGAUUGGUAUUAAAGAUUUAGAAGUAAUGAUGCAAAAUGCAAUUAAUACAGCCUUUGAAACGGUUACGACUAUACAACAAGGUGUCGAAAUACUGGAAGUUUUCGCUCAUCUACGGAGCCGUGAGACUGUACGAAGAACUAUUGACUAUCGAACAGGUGAAUUAGUUUCACGUUUUGCUGAUUGUUUAAAUCAAAUCAAAAAAGAAAUAACACAACGUAUCAAUACUGGCCUCCCUAUACCAACUGAAGCACAUUAUGGUGGGCAUGCCUUAUAUUGGAAAUUUUUACGUCGUCGAUUGGAGAAAGAUUUACUGUCAUUAGAUCAAGCAUUUUUCUUACCAUUAUCUGACGCUGGUAUGCCAGAUCUUCGUGAACAAUAUAUACAAAUAUCGGCUGCAUUAGAUGAUAUAACUAAGAAAACAUUUAACGAAUUCCAAGUAACCAUUGAACCAAAUCCAUUAAAAUGUCUUGAAUUACCUUUGUUAAAACGUAGUACUUUACAACCUGGUAUGCUUGAACCAAAUUUCGAUGGAACAACGCUGAAAUUACUCAAUGAAUUAUAUUAUUGGGCUAAACUGAAGUUUGAACUUCCAACAAAUGCUAAUGAAGCUUAUCGACGACAAACAGAAUUAAAAUAUCUCAUCAAUAUCGUAUUAGUACUUGUUCGUGAUUACAAUCGUAUUAUAAGCUCAUUAAAUAAUGAUGAACGUGCAUUAUUCAAAGAACGUAUAAGAAUGUUAGAUAAAAAAAUGAUACCAGGUUUAACAAAAUUACAUUGGACUGUAAAAGAUUUAGUUGAAAUGUAUGUGAAUGAUUGUCGUGUACAAGCAAAUAAACUACAAUCCAAAGUUGAUGACUAUAAAUCAGCUAAUGCAAAUAUUAAAGGGAAUUGUGAAGAAAUUGCACAAACUUUACUGAUUAAAUUACAACCAAAUCAUGUUUAUGAAAAUGCAGAAUUUGAUGACUGCAUUAUAAAGAAAUUAUGUGAAGUGAAAGAAACAUUUAUUUCUGAAAGUGCUGAUAUUCAAAUGCAAUGGUGGAAAUAUACAGAAAAAAUGGAUCAUUUCUGUGAAGAAGCAUUCCGAAUAAAUGUUAAAUCAUCAUUAGGGGAAUUACAAAAAGCAAUCAACGGUGAUGGACGAAAUGAUCCUAAUCCUCUGUUCAAAGUGUCGUUGAAUUUAGAUAACGACGUGUUAAUAUUUUCUCCAACGCUUGGUCAACUAACACUUGUUGUCGCUUCGCUAGGAAGUAAAUUUGCAGAAGUUAUUUCAGCUAUUCCUCGUCUACCUGAUUUGUUAACUCAUACUAAAUCUACAAAACCAUCAAUAAGUGAAAUUAUUGCAACCGAUGAAGAAAUUAACAAAAUACAAGCAAGUAUUAAACGUGGAAUGCAAGAAAUCGGCACAGCAGUUCAUGAACCUCUCAGUUAUUGGGAUCAAUUUAGAGAAAUAUGGGAAUUGCCUAAAGAUGAUUUUAUAGAAAGAUAUCGUCAAUUAAAACCACAUGUUACUUCAAUUGACGCGGAUAUAUCUAGGUAUACAGAAGUAGCUAAUAAAGUUUUAGAUGCAGAAACUAUGGUUACAACGAAAUUCUUACAAUUGGACUUUAGUUUGUUAAAAAAUGCAAUAGCUGCUCAUUGUCAAGAUUGGCAAAUGCAUUUAAUCAAUCUUUUACUUUCAAUGACCGAGGAUUCAUUGAAUGGAAUUUAUACAUACAUGAAAGAUGUUAAAGAAAGAAUACUUCAACCACCUAAGAAUUUACAUGAACUCCGUGAUUCUAUGCAAUUACUGGAACAAAUAUUAUCUGAACAAAAUGAGAUCGAAGCGAAAUUUGGACCGUUAGAAGAACAAUUUGCUAUUUUAGAUAAGUGUGAAGUGACUUAUUCGGAGGAAGUAGCAAGUCGUAGAGCAAAUUUGUCUAAUGAUUGGGUACAGUUUCAAAAUUCAUUAGCUUUAGCUGAAGAGAUGAUUAAAAAGUCCAAAGAUCAAUUCAAAAUUGGUUUGUUGAAUGAUACAGAAGAGUUUAAACGUGUGAUAUCAGAGCUCCUACGUGAACUACAAACGAAAGGGCCAUUUGCAGCCAGUCUGAAACCUCAAGAGGCGCUUGACAUUGUCAACCAGUUCCUCAAACAAUUAGAUAAUCUUAAAAGUUAUGAAUUAGAACUACGUGAUGGAUUAAAUUUAUUCAAAAUUGAACAACCACCUUUCAAAGAAAUCGCGAUCAUAGAAAAGGAUUUGGACACAUUGAAUAGUAUUUGGACUACAAAUCUGGAAUGGGAAAAUAAUUGGGAAAGUUGGAAGACUGGACGAUUUUAUGGUCUACAAACAGCUGACAUGGAUGACAUAGCUAAUGCAAUCUAUCGUAAAUUUGUCAAGUGGGAACGUGAUUUGAAAGAUAAAAAUUGGGAAAUUAUUGAAGCUAGUAAAAAACGAGUUGAUCAAUUCCGUCGUACAUUACCACUGAUCACAGAUUUACGUAAUUCAGCUAUGCGUACAAGACAUUGGGAUAUGAUCAAGGAAGAAAUGAAUACACAAUUCAAUGUGGAUUCUGAUGAAUUCACAUUAGAACGUAUAGUCGAAUUAGGAUUUGAACAAUAUUCUGAUUUAAUCAGUGAAAUAUCUGGUGCAGCAACUAAAGAAUUAGCUAUUGAACGAACUCUGGAUACAAUGGAACGUUUCUGGCAAAAUAAUGAACUUGAUAUGAUAUCGUAUAAAGAUAAAAAUAUUUAUAAAAUCAGAUCUACAGAUGAAAUAUUUGAAGCAUUAGACGAUAAUCAAGUCCAAUUGUCAACAAUGAAAGCAUCACGAUUUGUGAAACCAUUUGAACAUCUUGUUGAUAAUUGGGAACGUGUACUUUCAUUAAUCACAGAAACUGUUGAAACUCUGUUAACUGUACAAAGACAAUAUAUGUAUGUAGAAACUAUAUUUCUUGGUGAAGAUAUACGUAAACAAUUGCCAAAAGAAUCUGUAUCGUUUGAUAGGAUCAAUGUACAAUGGAAAUCGAUUACAGCUUAUUUGUAUGAAACACGCAAUACAAGAACAUGUGCAUGUAAACCAGGUUUAUUGGAUCAAAUUAAUAAAAUUGUACAAAGUUUAGAGGAAAUACAACAAUCAUUAGAUAUGUAUUUAGAAACAAAACGUCAAAUAUUCCCUCGAUUCUAUUUCAUAUCAAAUGAUGAUUUACUCGAGAUAUUAGGACAAGGUAGAAAUCCAGAAGCUAUUAUGCAACAUUUGAAAAAAUGUUUCGAUAAUAUUACUCUUUUGAGAUUAGAAAAGACAAAUGUUUCGACAUAUGAUGCAUUGUCAAUGUUUUCAUUGGAUGGUGAAGAAGUACCAUUCAAAAAUAAAGUACGCCUUGAUGGUCCUGUAGAAUCAUGGUUAGGUGAUGUUGAGGAUCAGAUGUAUAAAACAUUAAAAGACAUGUUAAGAGAAUGUAGAUUUGCUUUAAAGAAAACUGCAAAUAAACGCGAUAAAUUUAUUAAAGAAUGGCCAGGACAGUUAUGUAUUACAUCAAGUCAAAUUCAAUGGACAGCUGAUGUCACCAGAGCAUUACAUUUGGUAGCGAUGAGACAAGACAAAAGACCAUUGAAAUCAUUAAAGCACAAACAAAAGAAUCUUUUAGAGAAAUUUUCAGAAAUAAUACGUUCAAAUCUAACAAAAAUACAACGUUUGAAAAUUAAUGCUUUAGCUGUUAUUGAAGUUCAUCAACGUGACAUUAUUGAGAAACUUUACAAACUAGGUUGUAAUGAUGUGAAUGCUUUUGAUUGGUUGAGUCAACUUCGAUUUUAUUGGGAAAAAGCAGCAGAUGAUUGUUUCGUUCGACAAACAAUUACAUCUUUUCGAUAUGGUUAUGAAUAUUUAGGCAAUUCUGGCCGAUUGGUUAUUACACCACUUACUGAUCGUUGUUACAUAACACUGACUACUGCGUUAUAUUUACACAGAGGUGGUUCACCGAAAGGACCUGCUGGAACUGGUAAAACAGAGACAACGAAAGAUUUAGGCAAAUCACUUGGUGAUUAUGUAAUUGUUGUAAAUUGUUCAGAAGGUUUAGAUUACAAAUCAAUGGGUCGUAUGUUUGCAGGUUUAGCUCAAACUGGUGCAUGGGGAUGUUUCGAUGAAUUUAAUCGUAUAAAUAUUGAAGUAUUAUCUGUUGUGGCUCAACAAAUAUUAUCAAUACUUUCUGCACUGGCAUUGGCUGAUAAAUCAGGCGAUCAAGAUACUAAAACAAGAUUUAUGUUUGAAGGUCGAAUGAUUAAAUUAGUAUGGUCAUGUGGUAUAUUUAUUACAAUGAAUCCUGGUUAUGCUGGACGUACAGAAUUACCAGAUAAUUUAAAAUCUAUGUUUAGACCAAUUGCAAUGGUAGUGCCAGAUUCAUCAAUGAUAGCAGAAAUUACAUUAUUUGCUGAAGGUUUUGGUUCUACAAAGAUUUUAGCUAAGAAAGUAUUUACAUUGUAUAGUUUAACUGUCCAACAAUUGAGUAAACAAGAUCAUUAUGAUUUUGGUCUACGUGCAUUAGUAUCUGUACUACGUUAUGCUGGCAAAAAGAAACGUGCAAAUCCGAAUAUGUCAGAUGAAGAAUUAUUAUUAUUAUCGUUGAAUGAUAUGAAUCUGGCUAAGCUUACUUCAGUGGAUUUACCAUUAUUUGAAGGUAUUAUUACUGAUUUAUUCCCAAGUGUUGAACCACCACCAAUGGAUUAUUCAAAGAUCAAAAAUGCUCUGCAACAAGAAUGUACUAAAGCCAACCUAUGUAUGACACCGUUUACACUUACCAAAGUUAUACAACUUUAUGAAACGAAAAGUUCAAGACACUCAGUUAUGAUCGUUGGUAAAACAUUGUCAGGGAAAUCAAUAACAUGGCGCCUACUUAAAGCAGUUCACAAUUCAUUGGCAAAAGUACCUAAUUCUGACUUCGAAAUGGUUACAGAAUAUUCAUUAAAUCCUAAAGCUUUAUCUUUAGGCGAAUUAUAUGGUGAAUUUAAUUUAUCAACAAAUGAAUGGACAGACGGUGUACUUUCAAGUAUUAUGCGUCAAACUUGUUCAGAUGGGUCGCCAACAUUAAAAUGGAUAAUAUUCGAUGGGCCAGUUGACACUUUAUGGAUUGAAAGCAUGAACAGUGUUAUGGAUGACAAUAAAAUUUUAACAUUGAUCAAUGGAGAAAGAAUUUCACUGCCAGAACAGGUGUCAUUACUUUUUGAAGUGGAAGAUCUAGCUGUAGCAUCACCAGCAACUGUAUCACGUUGUGGUAUGGUUUACAAUGAUGUAAAUGAUUUAGGCUGGUGGCCGUGUGUUGAAUCAUGGUUGUCUAAAAAGACAAAUAAUGUAUUAGUUGAAGAGACAAGACGUUUCUUCACUAAAUACAUUAAAAAUUUAUAUGAGUAUAUCAGAUUAAAUUGCAAUGUUACCAUUCCAAUGAGUUUAACGAAUACAAUUAUAUCGUUAUGUAAAUUAUAUGAUGGUUUAGCAGUUCCUGAAAUGUGGGCAGAUCCAAGCGAUGAAGACUCUUAUCCACGUUUAUUAGAAAUGACAUUUCAAUUUUGUAUGAUAUGGUCUGUUGCAUGUUUAGUCGAUGAAGAUGGUCGUAAAAAAGUUGACGGAUAUAUUCGUGAAAUUGAAGGAAGUUUUCCGAAUAAAGAUUCAGUCUAUGAAUACUAUGUAGAUCCUAAAUCAAAAUCAUGGGUCCAUUGGGAAGAGAAAUUAAAUACGGGUUGGAAAUAUUCACCAAAUACACCAUUUCAUAAGAUACUUGUACCAACUGUAGAUACAGUUCGGUAUAAUUUUCUACUGGAUUGUACAGUUAAACAAAAAUAUCCUGCUUUACUAGUUGGUGCUGUUGGAACUGGAAAAACGUCAUUAGCUUUGAAUUUAUUGAGGAACUUAGAUCCAACAAAAUGGGUUAAUCUAACAAUUAAUAUGUCUUCUCAGACAACAUCAAAUAAUGUUCAAGAUAUUAUUGAAGGACGUGUAGAGAAACGUACAAAAGAUACAUUUGUACCGAUUGGAGGUGGCAAAAUGCUUACAUUUAUGGAUGACUUUAAUAUGCCUGCUAAAGAUAGCUCUGGUUCACAACCGCCUCUUGAAUUAAUACGUCAAUGGUUAGAAUAUGGAUUUUGGUAUGAUCGUGCAAAACAAACUAGAAAGAAAAUAAAAGGUAUGGAACUUUUUGCAGCAAUGGGUACACCGGGAGGUGGAAGAACGGUUUUAUCUCAACGACUUCAGUCUCACUUUCAUCAGAUCGUAGUCACAUUUCCAACGGAGGCGAAUCUCAAACGAAUCUAUGGAACUAUGAUCACACAAAAAUUACAAGAAUUUCCAGAUGAAGUUAAAUCAAUAGCUGAUAGUUUAACUCAAGCUUCAAUUGAUCUAUACCAUGCAGUUGUUAAUAGAUUUUUGCCAACUCCAACGAAAAUACACUAUUUAUUCAAUUUAAGAGAUAUUUCCAAGAUCUUUCAAGGUUUACUUCGAGCUAGUAAAAAUUAUAUUGAUACUCGUAAUUCCAUGCUUCGUUUAUGGAUUCAUGAAGGAUUACGUGUAUUUUGUGAUCGUAUGAUAGAUGACAAAGAUAGAACAACAUAUACUGAAGUAGUAGGUGACUUGUUGGCCAGUUAUUUUGAUCAAACCUAUCAUGCAAUGUGUCCGGCUAAACAAUCUCCUAUAUUUGUGGAUUUUAUCAAUUCUGAUAAUGCAUAUGAAGAUGUGACAGAUUUGGAUAAACUGCGUAGAUUUAUGACUCAAACUUUAAAAGAAUAUAAUGAAUCGCCUGGUAUGGUGCAUGUAGAUUUGGUCAUGUUCCGUGAUGCCAUUGAACAUACAUGCAAAAUUGUUCGUGUAAUUAAUCAACCAAGAGGUAAUAUGCUGUUAAUUGGUAUUGGAGGUAGUGGUCGACAAAGUCUGAGUCGUUUAGCCGCUUAUAUAUGUGAAUAUAAAACAUUUCAAGUGGAAGUUACAAAACAUUAUCGAAAACAAGAAUUUCGGGAUGAUUUAAAGAAAAUGUAUCAUCAAGCUGGUGUUGAAAAUAAACCAACAGUAUUCUUAUUUACUGAUACACAAGUGUUAGAAGAAUCAUUUCUAGAAGAUAUUAAUAAUAUGUUAAGUUCUGGUGAAGUGCCUAUUUUAUACAAAUCUGAUGAAUUCGAAGAAGUUAAACAACAGUUAGUCGAUAUAGCUAAACGAGAAGGUGUUGAUGAUUCCACUCAGUCAAUAUUUCGCUUCUUCAUUGAACGUGUUCGCGCUAAUCUACACAUUAUUUUAUGUAUGAGUCCUAUUGGUGAACCAUUUCGUAAUCGUAUUCGAAUGUUUCCCGCAUUUGUUAACUGUACUACAAUCGAUUGGUUCAGUGAAUGGCCACUUGAAGCGUUACUAGAAGUAGCUGAGAAAUAUUUAGCAUCUGUUGACAUUAAUAUUAACGAACCAGAUCCUCAACUUCUGGUUAAAAAACAGGCUAGAAUGAAAGUAAGUGUUGCGAAAAUAUUUGCCAGUAUGCAUCGAUCAGUUACUGAUAUGGCAGUGGUCAUGCUUAAUGAAUUAAAACGUCAUAGUUACAUUACACCAACGAAUUAUUUAGAAUUUGUAUCUGGUUACAAAACUCUUCUUUAUCAAAAACGUGACGAAUUAAGUAAUAAAGCAAAUAAAUUAACAAACGGUCUUGAUAAAAUCGAUGAAACACGGAAAAAAGUUGAAGUAAUGUCUGUAGAACUAGAAGAGGCUAGAAAGAAAGUGGCUGCAUUUCAGAAAGAAUGUGAUGAUUAUCUUGUAAUUAUUGUUCAACAAAAACGUGAAGCUGAUGAACAGGCUAAAUCUGUUAUGCAAACUCGAGAGAAAAUAAAAAUAGAUGAAGCCAAAUGUUUACAUAUGGCUCAAUUAGCUCAAGAAGACUUAUCACAAGCUAUGCCAGCUUUAGAAGACGCUGUACGAGCAUUGGAAGCGUUAAAUAAAAAGGAUAUUACAGAAAUUAAAUCCUAUGGAAAACCACCAUACCUAGUACAAAAGGUUCUUGAAGCUGUAAUGAUUCUUCGAGGAGCUGAUACCAGUUGGGCUGAAGCAAAAAGACAAUUGGGUGAACAAGAUUUUAUUAAACAACUUAUAAAUUUCGAUAAAGAUAAUAUUAGUGAUAAAACUUUGAAAAAAAUUAGUCAAUAUUGUAUACAAGAUGAUUUUCAACCUGAUGUAGUUGGUAAAGUUUCAAGCGCAGCAAAAUCAUUAUGUAUGUGGGUUCGGGCAAUGGAUGUUUACGGUCGUGUUUACAGAUUUGUUGAACCAAAGCGUCAGAGACUUCGGCAAGCUGAAGAAACGUUACGUGAGAAACAAGAACAGUUAGCAGCUGCACAGGCAAAACUCGAUGAAGUUAAUGCUGAAAUGCGACGUUUACAACAAGAGUAUAAUGAAAAGAUGGAACAAAAGGAAGAGUUACGUAAAAAAGCUGAACAUACAGAGAAAAUGUUAGACAGAGCCAGUAAAUUAGUUAGUGGUUUAGCUGGUGAAAAAACACGAUGGGAAGCAAGUGUUGCUGAUUUAUUAUGUAGAAUUGAACUACUACCUGGUGAUUGUUUAUUGGCCACUGCAUUUCUAUCUUAUAUGGGUCCAUUUUUAAGUGAAUAUCGUGAGAAAUUAAUUAAUAAUUGGCUAGGAUUAAUUAGAACUGAGAAUGUACCUGUCACAGAUCCAUUCGUCUUUACUGAAUUUUUGGCUGACCCAACACAAGUUAGAGAAUGGAAUAUACAAGGAUUACCACGUGAUACAUUUUCUGUUGAAAAUGGUGUCAUUGUAACACGAGGUAGUAGAUGGCCAUUAAUGGUUGAUCCACAAAAUCAAGCUUUAAAAUGGAUUAAAUCAAUGGAGGGCAAAGAUUUACGAAUAAUUGAUUUACAAACACCAGAUUAUAUGCGUAUAUUAGAAGCUGCUGUACAGUAUGGUCAACCAGUUUUAUUGAACAAUGUUCUUGAAGAAUUAGACCAAGCUUUGGAUCCGUUAUUAACUAAAUCACUGAUUAAAGUUGGUGGUACAUUAAUCAUGAAAUUAGGCGAUAAAGAAAUUGAGUAUAAUGAUAAAUUUAGAUUUUAUAUCACCACUAAACUCCCUAAUCCUCAUUAUGCACCGGAAAUAUGUUCUAAAACGUUAAUUGUAAAUUUUGCUGUAAGACAACAAGGAUUGGAAGCACAGUUACUUGGUAUUGUAGUACGUAAAGAACGUCCGGAAUUAGAAGAGCAAAAGGAUAAUUUAGUCAUUGGUAUUGCAGCUGGUAAACGUAAACUUACAGAAUUGGAAGAUGAAAUUUUAAGGUUGUUAAAUGAAGCACAAGGAUCUUUGUUAGAUGAUGAACAACUUGUAAAUACACUACAAACAUCAAAGAUUACAUCAUCUGAAGUAAGUGAACAAUUAAGUAUAGCUGAAAAAACUGAAAUACAAAUUGACAAAGCUCGUGAAGGUUAUCGACCAUCAGCACAACGUUCAUCAAUUCUAUUCUUUGUAUUGAAUGAUAUGAGUCGAAUCGAUCCCAUGUAUCAAUUUUCUUUAGAAGCAUACAUUGAUUUGUUCAUUUUAAGUAUUGAUAAAAGUCCAAAAUCAACAAAAUUAGAUGAUCGUAUAACAAAUUUAAAUGACUAUCAUACUUAUGCUGCAUAUCGUUAUACAUGUCGUGGUUUAUUUGAACGACAUAAACUACUAUUCUCAUUUCAUAUUUGUUUAAAAAUACUUGAAUCAGCUGGUAAAGUUAAUGAAGAUGAAUAUAAUUUCUUUCUACGUGGCGGUGUUGUAUUAGAUCGUGAAAAUCAAUUUGAUAAUCCAUGCUCAGGCUGGUGUACGGAACAAUGUUGGGAUAAUAUUGCAGAAUUAGAUAAAUUAAGUAGUUUUCAUGGUGUUGUUGCAUCAUUUGAACAAUAUUCAAGAGAUUGGAAUUUAUGGUAUACAUCAGCUGAACCAGAAAAAAGUUCUUUACCAGGUGAAUGGGAUAAUAUAUUGAAUGAAUUUCAACGUAUGCUUAUUGUACGCUCAUUACGACCAGAUCGUGUAUCAUUUUGUGCAACAAGUUUCAUUAUAAAUAAUUUAGGUAGUCGAUUUGUUGAACCACCGGUUUUAGAUAUGAAACAAGUAGUUGAUGAUAGUUCGAAUAGAACACCAUUAAUAUUUGUAUUAUCACCAGGUGUUGAUCCGACAGCUGGUCUCCUUCAAUUAGCUGAUAAUUGUGGAAUGAGCAAGAAAUUUCAUGCUCUAUCAUUAGGUCAAGGUCAAGCACCGAUUGCCACACGAUUGAUUAAAGAGGGUAUGCGUGAAGGAUAUUGGAUAUUUCUUGCUAAUUGUCAUCUUUCAUUAUCAUGGAUGCCAGCAUUGGAUAAGAUUGUAGGACAAUUAGGUAUGGAAGAAAUACAUACUGAUUUCCGUUUGUGGCUUUCAUCAGACCCGAGUCCAUCUUUCCCUAUUUCAAUUCUACAAGCUGGUAUUAAAAUGACUACGGAACCACCAAAAGGUUUACGUUCAAAUAUGAAACGACUUUAUCAUUUAAUCAAGGAAGAUCAAUUUUCUUUAUGUCAAAAACCAGAGAAAUAUAAGAAACUUCUAUUUUCAUUGUGCUAUUUUCACUCGGUACUGAUAGAACGCAAAAAAUUCUUAAUGCUUGGUUGGAAUAUUCCAUAUGAAUUUAAUGAUUCGGAUUUUGAAGUAUCUGAACAUUUGUUAACAAAUUAUCUAGAACAAUAUCAAGAAACUCCAUGGGAUGCAUUACGUUAUUUAAUUGCUGAUAUUAAUUACGGUGGUCAUGUCACCGAUGAUUGGGAUCGUCGUUUAUUAAAUACAUAUAUUAGUGGUUAUUUUAAAGAUGAAGUAUUGAAAGAACCAUUUUAUAAACUUUCAUCAUUACCAUAUUAUUAUAUACCAAGAGAUGGUACAUUAAAUGCUUAUCGUGAAUUUGUUUCACUUCUACCACAAAUUGAUCAUCCAGAAGCAUUCGGUCAACAUCCUAAUGCAGAUAUUACAUCACAAAUUCAAGAGACACGAGUCCUUCUAGACACGUUGCUUUCAUUACAACCUCAAGUAUCACAAGGAGCAGGUGUUUCACGUGAAGAAAAAGUGCUUGACUUAAUUGAUAAUCUACAAAAACAAUUGCCCGAAGAUAUUGAUUUUGAAGGCACUGUGAAAUUAUUUGCAACAAAUCAUUCACCAUUAGUGGUCGUUCUACUGCAAGAAAUACAACGUUACAAUAAUCUUCUUGUUUUAAUACGCAAUCAGUUAUCCGAUUUGAGUAAGGGCAUUCAAGGCUUGGUUGUUAUGUCAUCAGAACUUGAACAAGUAUUUAUCUCAAUUUUUGACGGACAUGUUCCAGAACAAUGGGGUAAAACAUAUUCCUCACUAAAACCUUUAGGUUCAUGGGCAAGAGAUUUAGCAGCACGUGUUGAACUAUUCGCUAAAUGGGCUAGUACAACACAUCCACCCAAAUUAUUUUGGAUUGGUGCUUUUACUUUUCCAACAGGUUUUCUUACAGCAGUUCUACAAACAGCAGCAAGAAAAAUUAAUGCUUCUGUAGAUAGUUUGAGUUGGGAAUUUAAUGUACUUGCUACAAGUGAUCCAAACGUUUUGGUUGCUCCAAAAGAUGGUGUCUACAUCAGUAAUCUAUAUUUACAAGGAGCUGGAUGGGAUAGAAAAAAUGCUUAUUUAAUUGAAGCUGCACCAAUGGAAUUAGUUUGCCCAAUGCCUGGUAUACAUUUUAAACCAGUAGAAAAUAAAAAGAAAUCACUUAAAAAUAUUUAUGUAGCUCCAUGUUACUAUUAUCCAAAUCGAACUGGUACAUCAGACAGACCUUCAUUUAUGAUUGGAGUGGAAUUAAAAACCGGUGAAAAACCACCUGAACAUUGGACUAAGCGAAGUACUGCACUUCUGAUGAACUUAGAUGUCUGAUUUCAAAAAUAAUAAUCACGAUAGAUUGUAUCUAUGAUUUACUUAAUGCUUUUUUAUAUGCUAUUUAUAUUUAUAUUGUUGAAAUAAUUGAUAAGAAUUAAUCGGAG